UUGUCCAACACAGAAGUAUUCUAAUUGGAUAUAAAUGUACAUAUAAAACUAUUUAAAUUGGGCAUCAAAAGAAGUAGAAAAUGGAAGAAAACGAGACCCGUGCAGAGGCCACGAACUCCACGGAUAUGGCCAAUGGUGAGGAUGACGCGAGCAACCAGCACAAAUUUAGUCACCUGCAAAACGAGAUGCGCAAAAUGCAGAACGAGUUCAACACGCAGCGGGCAAAGAUGCGGGAGCUGUACAUGCAGAAGGAGGCGGAAGUCGCCCAGAGCCAGCAGGAACGCCGACAGCUGGAAGCGCAGCUGGACGAACUGAAGUCGCACCUUACGGUGGCUGACCUUAAGUCUAAAAACGAGCUGCAGCUGAAGGACCAAAGGGCGCAGGAGGAGAUCUCCUCACUGCAGCAACUGGUGCAGGACACAAUCGAGGAGUCAGCGCACUACAAAGGCGAGCUGGAACGUCUCAAGCUGGAGCUUACCAAAUACCAACAGAUUCACCAGCAGACACAAACGCUGGCUCAGCAACCGCAAGCCGAGUCAUCUGGUGGAAUCGCGCCACAAGUGCUGAAUCAGGUUAAAAAGACCUUAGGCUCCGUGCGCAAACUGGGCACAGACUCCCUCAACAGCAGCUUUCAGCAGGAUGAGGAAACCCGGGCAUCCAGCAAAGGAAAUGGCAAGCAAUACGCCUCCGAAGAGGCGUUGUUGAUGCAGUCCAUUGUUGAGCAGCUGCAGGAGGAGAUGAAAGCGCUGAAGGUUAAGCUGCGUGAGCAGGACGAGCAGCUGCAAGCAAAAUCAUCGGUGGAUGCAUCCGCCUUGCACAAAUCCACAUCCAUGGAUGUGGCCGAGGGCUCCUGCGAGUCCUGCAGCUUGUCUGAGAAGAAGGCCGAGGAGCUCAAUGCACUUAUUAACAAACAACAAAAGCAGGUUGAUUUGUUGCAAAAACAACUAGUGGAAUCUCGAGAGACACUGACUAAAGAAGCGGCUCUGCGCAAGGAUCUUGAGGAUCAAUGGCAGGAGAAGCGGGAGGCCCAUAAAAGCGAAGUACAAAGCCUGCGCGACCAGGCCAAAACCAAUGAGCAGCGAUUGCUGGACAUGCAGCAGAAGUUUCUCGAGACCAAGGACGAGGUGAUAAAGCAAAUUCAACGCGUCACCGACGACCGAGAACGCGUGAACAAGCAGCUGGAAACGCUGCAAGCCGAUAACGACUUUCUGUCCGGUCGCUAUUUAGCCACAUCCGAGGAGAUCGAUAACCAAUAUAUCAACCUGCCCAACACAGUCGUCGAGCUCCAGGAACUGAUGCUGCGACAGCAAAGCGAACUGAUCCAGGCACGCGUUAGCAGCGAAUAUGAACGGCAGAAGUGCACCAGCACUGAGGAUCAGAUUCAGAUUUUGCGGGGCGAGUUGGAGCAGAGCAACAACGAACGACGGGCCUACAAGCGCAAAAUGCAGCAAGAUAUUAAGUCACUUCAGGACCGUGUGACGGAGCAUUUGGUCACGGUGCAGGCUUACGAGACGACCAAGAACCAACUGGAGCGCAAAGAGGCUGAGCUCAAUAAACAGCUGUCUGAGUGUCGCGUGGAAAUCAUUGGACUGCAAGAGGCCAAUGAGAAGUACGCCAAGACAAAUUCAGACUACAAAACAAAGAUUAAAACCCUGCAGGAGGAGCUGUCCACGAUGGAGACAGUGCAAAAGGAUUUCGUUAAACUAUCUCAAACACUACAGAUGUCGUUGGAAGAGCUGCGGCAUGCUGACACGGAAGUGCGCUGGCAGGACGACGAUGACGUGAACAACUGCCCCACGUGCAACGCCGGCUUCACGGUAAUGGUGCGCAAGAUCCAUUGCCGGCACUGCGGCCACAUCUACUGCGAUAAGUGUCUAACGAAAACGGUGCCAUCGGGGCCACGGAAGCGAGUGGCCCGAGUCUGUGAUAUCUGUCACACGCUGCUCACGCCCAACACCGCUCCCUACUUCAGUCAGGGGCAACCGCCGCAGCAGCAGCAGCAAGGUCAGCAGCAACAGCAGUCCAACUAGGCGGCCGGGCUCCAA